AAUUUCCAUGCGGCCCACCUCAGUCCAUGCCGAUAAACGUGUUCCAUCUUCAAGCAUCGAGAGAAGUAGUCUCUCUCUACACCCCACUCUUCCACUUCAUCUUUUCAAAUGCCAGAUUUUUUCUUCCGUUACUUUCUCAAUCAAUGUUCUUAAAUGUUUUGUUCCACCUCCCCUUAGUACUGCUUUAUAUCUAAACCUAAAUCCACCCUAAAUCAAAACCUAUUACGAAGAAGCUAUUUUCAUGGCUAUGAAAUCCACCGCAAAAUCUCAGCUCUUCACUGGAAAAUCUAGAGUCACCGUCUAUUUCAAAGGCUAUGGCGGAAGUGACAUAAACCGUGGAUCAGAUGCGGAGGAAUAGGUGGUUGUCAGGGAGAAGCGACUACUACAUGUGUGGUGAGCCAGGUUACAUGGUCAGAGACUGUUUGGAGGACACGGAGGCGGUGGAGGCGGUGGUGGCUACGGUUGAUGGACAGGAGGAGGUGGUGGCCACGAGGUGGAGUCAGGUACGAAGGUGGUCAGUAUCAACAAAAAUUUGAAGGGUCCUCUAUACGAUAAGCCCUUGAAGCUACAAAGGUUCUCGCUGAUGAUUAUCGACGCAAUGGCACUGCUUUUUAUCUUUGGGCAGUUAUAUUUCUGUGUGUUCUGUCGUCGUUGCUUUUUAAUGCAAUAUAAGAGUCUGAGUGAAACACAAGACCCACCAAUGUCCCUGUGUUUUUUUUUCUGUCUUAAAAAAUGGAGAAAUUACUGCCCGCUGAUAUUCUUAUCAGGCGCAAUGACAGAGAUUGUGGUGUUUUCGAGACCUAUAGAGGUUUACUGGUGGAUCAGUUCGACUCCAAAAAUGAACUUAUAACAUCUUCCUUUAUUCCAGGUUUGCAAUUUCUUGGUUUAGCAGCUGCGUCGGGUCUGAAAUUUCCGGUGGAAUAUGGGAUCGUGUUGGAACAGCAAUUGAAGAAAGAAGAAGAUGAACUCAGGAAGAAUAAGAGAGAAACGUCAAUCUCUUCCAGAGACCGGAACCCUGACUCCGGCAUUCCCGGCGAUUUGAAAUCCGACUCCGACAGCUCACCAGACCGCGACUCUAGGUACGGAAACUAUCCACCUGAAGCAACUUGUGGAUAUAGUUGCAAGCAUAAGAAAAAAUUGGAGGAGGAUCCUUCUGCUUUUGCAUUUGAUGAAGUUUAUGAUGACAUGAAACACAGAGACAUUGUUCCUAAACUGCAAGAUCGUCAAGACCUCAAGUUGACAUGUGUUGCAGGAUCUGGUAAAGGGGUUUCAGACACUCCCGUGACGCUCCAUAUUGCGAAUGCAGAGCUUGCUCCAACUCACCCAAUCUGUCUAGGUCUGGCACUGAACUGAUGAGUUAUGUGCAGGCUCCAAAAACUUCACAAGAUAAAAUGGCUACUGAGCUUCAAGACAAAUAGAAAAUACUUGCAAAUCAGAUGAUCAAAAUGCAAAGUUUUGUCUAUUGUUUUUGAUUCGUUGUUGAUCCUUACCUGUAACAUUGUUUUAAGACUGCUAUGUUUUUAUAAAUCAAUUUGUAGUUUAUAAAUUAUGGAAUA